AUGCCGGGUAUGGGACCCGACUACGAGAAUGAUGCGAAGGAGAUGCCAAGAUGGCGUAGCGUGUCAGACGACAUGCGGUUCGCCGAGAUGAAGCGGAAGGCAGGGGCGAUGAUUAACGAUCGUGUCCCAGACGUCACCAAGCUCUUUUCUAGAGAGUUGAAGAUGAAUUUGUCUAAUCUCGACGUCGAGGCUCGGAUUACAGGUUUCAUGGAUUUUAAUAGCAUUGUUGAGGAAUAUGGUCUAGUUGGAAUGCUUGACCGAGAAACAGCCGUCGAGGAAGAAGGUCGCCAGCGUAUGAAGCUGUGA